AUGGAAGAAGUGUCGCAAUUUGAGCAUACCAAUCUUGUCUCCUGGGCAUUGUCAGGUGAAUACGAUCCAGAAAGGCCCAUGCUGAUAGAUGCGAUGCGACCGAGUCGGUGCAUGUCGAGAAAGAGGGCCAUGAGCUUGAUCGCAGGACUCGCUGGUGCUUUCGAGAAGGAUAGCACGGUGUGUCUGCACCUGUCCAAUGACAUCUUGUACCCGAUUCUGGUGCAUGCGAUCUGGGCAAGCAAAUGCCGCUGGACAGGGACCAACACCGCAUACACCUCGCCUGAGCUCGAGCAUCACCUCCGCAUAUCCAAGACCAGAUAUGUCGUGACUGAAGAAGAACAUCUCGAGACUGUGCGCGCCGCGGUGUCUCAUAGCGGAACCAAAGCUGAGAUCAUCCUCUUCAGCGACAUCCUCUACCCUCGCUCUCGCAAGGAAGAUGACCAUCGCCACUGCUGCGGAAGGCGCUUGUCGUCCACAUUGCACAGGAGCAAAUAUCGGUCGCUCCACGACUUGCUUCGCCGGAAGCGCACCCAGGAAGAGCUUGAGGCCAGACUCCGAGACAUCGACAUCGACUCGGUCGCGACAUUGAUGUCGACAAGCGGUACGACAGGUCCACCAAAGAUGGCAGCACGCACACAUCGAGCUCAUAUGACCGAGAGCCGAGCAGCUGUAGAUAACGACUCAGCAAAGCCUUACGAGAUCCGCCGACUCUGGUGCGUGCCGAUCUUCCAUUCUUUCGCCUUCCCGACCAUGGUCAUCAAUAGCCUUCUUCUUGGAGUGCCGGCCUACUUUAUGAGGCGCUUCUUGGACCAGACAUAUGCCGAGAAGAUCCAGGAGUUCCAGAUCACAGAAACACUGGCACCGCCGCCGAUACUGUCGAGGCUGGUCAACUUUCCUCUUACGCACCCCAUGAUUCAAUCACUCAAGAUCAUAUACACCGGAGGCGCUCCAUGCGCCGGAGAACUGCGAGCCAAAUUCUUGAGGCUGUAUACCGGAGAGCAGCCUCGCAUCGUCCAGAUAUGGGGUAUGACCGAAGGCGGCUGGUUCACAACCUUCAAGUAUCCAGAGGUCAACACCACAUACUCUGUCGGUCGUGCUAUCCCGGGCUUCGAGAUCAAGAUGAGCGAAGAGAACCGGUCUCAACUCUCCAGUGGCCAGGAAGUCGGAGAGUUGUUCGUCCGAGGUCCCAAUGUGAUGUCCGAGUACCUUGGAAAUACGGAAGCCACGGACAAGACUUUCGUCGAUGGGUGGCUGCGCACCGGUGAUGUUGGAUACAUCAAAGACGGGAAGGUAUACCUGGUCGAUCGUGCCAAGGAUCUCAUCAAGGUGAAUGGGUUUCAGGUGUCGCCAUCAGAGAUCGAAGAUGCUCUUCUCGUAUCGAAGGAUGUGAAGGACGCUGCGGUGAUUGGCGUCGGUGAAGAUGUCAAUGAACGUCCCAUGGCGUUCGUGGUUCUGGCGAAUGAGGACGAUGCUGGCAUCUCGGUGUGCUCGCUGAAACAACACCUUCUUCAGAGGCUCAGUCGGUAUAAAGUGGCGACGUGUGAGGUGCGGUUUGUAGAUACCAUUCCGAAGAGUGCCACGGGCAAGAUACUGAAGAACAAGCUGCGGGAGAUGGCAAAGGCAUCGUGCGGAUGA